UCAGCCAAUUUCUCGGCUCUCUGCGUGUGUUCGCGUGCCGGGGCGGCAGUCCAUCUGUCCGUCCUCUCCUCUGACUUUCUCCUGCCCCCUGCCUGUCUCCGCAGAGGUCACAGGAGGUGGGGGCCAAGAUUCGUUCUAGGUGGUAGCUGGAGUGGCAGCUGCGGGUUUGCGGAGCCCCUGAGCCCCUUAGGGCGAGGGGAGCGCUUGGCAGACCAAAGAGAGCCCGGGAGCGGCCGUGCGCCCACCAAUAGGUGCGGGUCUCGGAGCUGCCGGCCUGCGCGGUCCCUCCCUCCUCCCUCCGCCCCCGCCGCCGCCGCCUCCUCCUCCUCCAGCUUCUGCCUUUGCUCCUGUACCGUGCGUCUGGCACUCGGAGAGCCGCAGCGGUAGCGGCGGCUGCAGCCUGUGGAGAGACAGACCGAGGACGCGGACCAACAGCCGGAGAGGACGUGAGGGCCUGUGCCCAGUCACCCACCCUCAGUCCCUGCGGCAGCUGCUGAUUCGUCACCAUGGCCCGCGGUAAAGCCAAAGAGGAAGGCAGCUGGAAGAAAUUUAUCUGGAACUCGGAGAAAAAGGAGUUUCUGGGCAGGACCGGUGGCAGUUGGUUUAAGAUCCUUCUCUUCUAUGUGAUAUUUUAUGGCUGCCUGGCUGGCAUCUUCAUCGGAACCAUCCAAGUGAUGCUGCUCACCAUCAAUGAAUUCAAGCCCACUUACCAGGACCGAGUGGCCCCCCCAGGCUUAACACAGAUUCCUCAGAUCCAAAAGACUGAAAUUUCCUUCCGUCCUAAUGAUCCCAAGAGCUAUGAGGCAUAUGUUCUGAACAUAGUCAGAUUCCUGGAAAAAUACAGUGAGAUGUCCCAGAAGGAUAACAUGGUUUUCGAAGAUUGUGGCAAUGUACCCAGUGAACUCAAAGAACGAGGAGAAUACAACAAUGAACGAGGAGAGCGGAAAGUCUGCAGGUUCAAGCUUGAAUGGUUGGGAAAUUGCUCUGGAAUAAAUGAUGAAUCUUAUGGCUACAAAGAGGGCAAACCGUGCAUCAUUAUAAAGCUCAACCGAGUUCUGGGUUUCAAACCUAAGCCUCCCAAGAAUGAGUCUUUAGAGGCUUACCCAAUGAAGUAUAGUCCUUAUGUCCUGCCUGUCCAGUGCACUGGCAAGCGAGAGGAAGAUAAGGAUAAAGUUGGAAACGUGGAAUAUUUCGGACUGGGUGGCUAUGCUGGCUUUCCCCUGCAGUAUUACCCCUACUAUGGCAAACUCCUACAGCCCCGCUAUCUGCAGCCCCUGCUGGCUGUACAGUUCACCAACCUCACCAUGGACACUGAAGUUCGCAUUGAGUGUAAGGCAUAUGGUGAGAACAUUGGGUACAGUGAGAAAGACCGUUUUCAGGGACGUUUUGAUGUAAAAAUUGAAGUUAAGAGCUGAUCACAAGCACAAAUCUUUCCCACUAGCCAUUUAAACCAUUAAAAAGAUACAAAAACAAAACCUACUAGUCUUGAACAAACUGUCAUACGUAUGGGACCUACACUUAAUCUAUAUGCUUUACACUAGCUUUCUGCAUUUAAUAGGUUAGAAUGUAAAUUUAAAGUGUAGCAAUAGCAACAAAAUAUUUAUUCUACUGUAAAUGACAAAAGAAAAAUAAAAAUUGAGCCUUGGGACGUGCCCAUUUUUACUGUAAAUUAUGAUUCCAUAACUGACUUGUAGUAAGCAGUGUUUCUGGCCCCUAAGUAUUGCUGCCUUGUGUAUUUUAUUUAGUGUACAGUACUAUAGGUGCACACACUGGUCAUUUUUCAAGCCAUGUUUUAUCAUAUCUGUUUUCUACUUUAUGUGAGCAAGAUUCGCUGUCCAAGGUGUAAAUAUUCAAUGGGAAUAAAACUGGCAUGGUACUUUUUUGUUUUGGUUUGGCUCUUUCAAAGAUAAUGGCCCAUCAAUGAGCAUUUUUAACACUCCAUAGUCUUUUCCUGUGGUGUUAGGUCUUCCCCCUUUUUUUUUUUCCCCUGGGGCUGGGGGUGGGGUGGGGUGGGCUGUCAUGGGGGAACUGCCCUUUAAAUUUUAAGUGACAGUACAGAAAAACACACAGAGGUGAUGGGUUGUGCUGUGCUUUGUAUUGGAUGCUGUCUCCACAUCUUCCCUCGUCCUCCAGUACGUUCCGAAGCUAUGUAUGAGAUCCGGAGAGUCCGUCACUUUGGCUAGUGGCAGGGCUAGUUAAUUUGCUUUGUACGUUUUCUUUUACUUUCCUUCUUUCCUUUCUCUGGAGGCAUCACAUGCUGGUGCUGUCUUUAUGAAUGUUUUAACCAUUUUCAUGGUGGAAGAAUUUUAUAUUUAUGCAGUUGUACAAUUUUAUUUUUUUCUGCAAGAAAAAGUGUAAUGUAUGAAAUAAACCAAAGUCACUUGUUUGAAAAUAAAUCUUUAUUUUGGACUUUAUAAAAAGCAAUGCAGUACCCCAUAGACCGGUGUUAAAUGUUGUCUACAGUGCAAAAUCCAUGUUCUAACAUAUGUAAUAAUUGCCAGGAGUACAGUGCUCUUGUUGAUCUUGUAUUCAGUCAGGUUAAAACAACGGACAAUAAAUGAAUGAACACAUUC